CGGAGCCUUGGCCUAAGUCCUCGCGAGAUCUGGGGCCUUCGGAGCGGUAUGGCCGCGGAUCCGGGCCGAGUUGGCCCUCAGCUCCCGGAUCUGGCUCUCUGGCCUGAAACAUGGCCCGGGGUCCUGGCCCGCUAACCCAGCCUCGCCCCGAGACGGUCGCCAUGCCCAAGAGAGGGAAGCGACUCAAGUUCCGGGCCCAAGACGCCUGCUCCGGGCGAGUGACCGUGGCGGAUUAUGCCAACUCGGAUCCGGCCGUCGUGAGGUCUGGACGGGUCAAGAAAGCGGUCGCCAAUGCUGUUCAGCAGGAAGUAAAAUCUCUUUGUGGCUUGGAAGCCUCCCAGGUUCCUGCAGUGGAAGCUCUUUCUGGAGCUGGUGAGCCCUGUGACAUCAUUGACAGCAGUGAUGAGAUUGAUGCCCACGAGGAAAGCAUCCAUGAGAGAGCUGUCUCCAGAAAAAAGAAAAGCAAGAGGCACAAAGAAGACCUGGAUGGGGCUGGAGGAGAAGAGUACCCCAUGGAUAUUUGGCUGUUGCUGGCUUCCUAUAUCCGUCCCGAGGACAUUGUGAAUUUUUCUCUGAUUUGUAAGAAUGCCUGGACUGUCACUUGCACUGCUGCCUUUUGGACCAGGUUGUACCGAAGGCACUACACGCUGGAUGCCUCCCUGCCUUUGCGCCUGCGACCAGAGUCAAUGGAGAAGCUGCGCUGUCUCCGGGCGUGUGUGAUCCGAUCUCUGUACCAUAUGUAUGAGCCAUUUGCUGCUCGCAUCUCCAAGAAUCCAGCCAUUCCAGAAAGCACUCCUAGCACAUUAAAGAAUUCUAAAUGCUUACUUUUCUGGUGCAGAAAGAUUGUUGGAAACAGACAGGAACCAAUGUGGGAAUUCAACUUCAAGUUCAAAAAACAGUCCCCUAGAUUAAAGAGCAAGUGUGUGGGAGGACUGCAGCCUCCCGUUCAGUACGAAGAUGUUCACACCAACCCGGACCAGGACUGCUGCCUGCUGCAGGUCACCACGCUCAAUUUCAUCUUUAUCCCAAUUGUCAUGGGGAUGAUAUUCACCCUGUUUACCAUCAACGUGAGCACGGACAUGCGGCAUCACCGAGUGAGACUCGUGUUCCAGGAUUCUCCGGUCCACGCUGGUCGGAAACUGCGCAGUGAGCAGGGCGUGCAAGUCAUCCUGGACCCGGUGCACAGCGUUCGACUCUUUGACUGGUGGCAUCCUCAGUAUCCGUUCUCCCUGAGAGCAUAGGUGCUGCUUCCUGUCACCAGGGGCAGCCCUGAGCUGGGCCAGUCCAGUUGUAAUCAGAUUCCAGUUUGGAAGGGGUGGCUAGAUUGUAUAUCUGGUCAGUAAUGCACGUGCUCCUCAGGUGUCUGGGGCUCCUGUUAGGGAAAGAAGGAUGGAAUCAAGAGGAAGAACACUAUGGUUUAUACACAUAUUUUAAUGUACGAUUUUGCAUUUGAAAGGAGAGGCCUGCCCGACUUCCUGUGUUUAACCCCGUUUGGUGCUACUGCGUUUGUUGCUCUUUAUUCUUUUCUCCCAGCAAACAUGGGUGAUCCUGCCCUAGGGAAAAAGUAGACUUCCGUCUCCAAACAAGGAAAUUUCAGCAUUUCCUUAUGGAUCAGAGGAACCUUAGAGGCCUAAAAUUAUUGUUACUGUUAUUUCAGUUUAGCCACUCCUCAAAUUCAAGUGAAUAUUUUCUCUUCUCCCUUUACCCUUCUCCAGAAAUAAAGCAGGUGACAGGGUUUUCAGACUCUUACAAUAUUGACUUGUGUAUCUGUCUUCAAAAAUUUUUUGGAUAUUUGUCACAUAUUCUUUUGCCAGUUUGGGAUUUUAGGUAUGUUUUUUGCAUGAAGCUGAUAGUAAUGAUGAUGAUGAUUGUGUGCCUUCGGUACUAUGCUAGGAACUUCCCAUACUAUCUCUGGUUCUCACAGUCCUACAAGGUAGGUGAUACUACUCCCAUUCUUUGGUUGAGAAAACUGAAUCAGUGACUUACCCAAGACCGUAAUAUCCAAUAAAUGGCAGAGCCGGGAUUCUGA